UGGCACAAACAUUAAAAAUAAUUAUAAUUAUUUAAACUACUCGAAUGUAAAUAAAAAAUACCCUCGUUAUAAGAGUACUUACAAUGGGAACUGAAUAAGUUUGGUACUAAUUAAAUAAAAAAAUCAUUAUUUAUUUUUCAAAAAUGGAAUGGAAUGUGAAAGUAUGUUUUUUAAAUUAUUUAGUCUCAGCCAGUGUUUUAUGUGUGUAUUCCAGAAAUAUAGUGAUGAAUCAUAGAGUGGGACAUAAAACUCUCCACAACCCACAAGAAGACCCGUGGAAGUUCUUCGAGAAUGUUCCAGAGGCCUCAGCGCCGCGGCUGCAGGUGGCGCGGGCAGCCAGGGUCCCCGGGCCACCAGCGAGCCCCAGGAAGGUCUUUGAUGAGAGGAACAGUGACCACUGGAGGAUGCAGGCGCAGUGGGUGCUUAAAUUGAAGGUAGCAGCCCCCCUCAACACAAGGGUGGCCAAGAACGUGAUCCUGUUUCUCGGAGACGGCAUGAGCGUGGCGACCCUGGCGGCCACCAGGACCUACCUCGGCAACCGCCACGGGUACAGCGGGGAGGAGCUGAAGCUCAGCUUCGAGGCAUUCCCUUACACGGGGCUGGCUAAGACAUACUGCGUGGACAACAACGUGGCGGACUCGGCGUGCAGUGGGACGGCCUACCUCAGCGGGGUGAAGGCCAACAGCGGCACGGUGGGGCUCAGCGGGGCGGUGAGGAAGGGGGACUGCGAGGCACAGAGGACAGGGAAGCAUUCUGUGACGGGAGUUAUAGACUGGGCGCAGAGAGUUGGAAAGGCUACUGGCGUAGUGACAACCACGAGGGUCACACACGCGACGCCGGCAGCUGCGUACGCGCACUCGGCCGACCGCCGCUGGGAGUCCGACGCUGACGUGCCGGCGGGUGUACACUGUGAGGACAUCGCCUCGCAACUGGUGCGAGGGAGCGUUGGCAGCAAGAUUGAUGUUGUACUAGGGGGUGGAAGAAGGAACUUUUACCCAGAUACAGAGAAAGACACCGAUGGUGUUUCAGGACACAGGAAGGACAAAAAGAACCUAAUCAAGGAGUGGAUGAAGAAAAAAGAAAGUCUUGGAGCAAAGCCUAAAUAUGUUCAUGACAAAAAGGGGUUGAUGAAACUAAAUGAGACACAGUUCAAUAGUGUUUUAGGUCUGUUUUCCUCUGAGCACAUGCCUUAUCAUUUGGAAGCGAAUGAAGACGUUUAUCCAACGCUUACAGAAAUGACUUUGAAGGCAAUAGACGUUUUGAAGAAGAAGAAAGAAGGGUUUUUCUUAUUUGUUGAAGGAGGCAGAAUCGACACAGCCCACCAUGAGACUAAAGCCAGGAAAGCCUUGGACGAAACAGCAGAACUGGCGAAGGCUGUGGAAGCUGCUAUGAAGGAGGUGGACCCUGAAGACACCCUGAUAGUGGUCACAUCUGACCACAGUCACACGAUGACCUACAAUGGGUACAGCAAAAGAGGCUCCGACAUACUUGGAUUUGUAAAUAAGCAAAACGCUUCAGACAGCCUUCCGUACACGACGCUGAGCUACGCGACCGGCCCCGGAUACAAGACCAAUGACAACAAUUACCUCCGACACAACCUGCUUGAUGAUGACCUGAGCAGCGCAAACUACACCUACCCCUCCCUAUUUCCCCUCGGCCGGGAGACCCAUGGUGGAGAAGACGUGGCAGUGUUCGCGCGAGGGCCGUGGGCGCAUCUGUUCACGGGGAACUAUGAACAGAAUUACUUGCCUCACGCCCUCGCCUUUGCGGCGUGUAUAGGAGAUGGGUUCACGGCGUGCAACUUGCAGUAUAGUUUUUAACCAGUGAA